UUGAAAUGGCCAUUUAAAAAUAGAUAUAUACUGCUAUCGUUUCUCAUGCUCGGAACAUCCCGGUCGGAUAUGGGCAGUGUUCUAUUCCAAUAUGAAAGUCUCGUCUCAGUCUUAGGUUACUUUUCCGAAAUUAUCAACGAUUACUCCGCCGAGAAAGGCAUAUGUAUCCUCAUUGAUGGCCGAAAAAUGUCACCGAAAGCGUUGAAAAAUGUUCUACGAGCUUGUCAGCAAGCAUUUUAUCAUAGAAUACGUAUGGCAAUUAUCGUUCAACCAGAUAAAUUCUUUCAUCAACAAAAAAUCAAUUUCGAUCUCAUUAUGGAAGGUUAUGAAUUUCGGACACUGCUUGUAUCUCUACAUAAAUUAUCCAAAUACAUUGACAUAUCACAAUUACCGGAGAUCUUCGGUGGUACAUUCACUUAUGAUGCUGAGAAAUGGUGCGAUGAUCGAGAGGUAAACCUUCUUCAUAGGUGUAUUCGGCUUUUUAUUCAUUUAUUGAUCAAACAUCUGGCAUCUUUACCUCAAAAAGAAGCCGAAUUAUCAAAAAUAACAGCUGAAAAUGAGGAACGAUGUCGAAUGCUCGAAGAACAUGCCGAAGGAGUGAACAGGCUUCUGGAUUGGAUUGAAGGUCCGGGAGAGAAAUGGUUACUGACACUUCAUGAAAUCGGUGAAAAUAAAGAUGAAGCACGACAACUAGUGAAGGAACAUCAACAGUUAGCGUUGAAAAGCAAGGAAAUCGUGUCCCAAGCUGACGAACUAGCGGAAUUAGCAUCCCGUUUGAUGGCGGCAGUACCAGCUCAUUCGAUCACACUUGAGAAGGCUCGGGAACAAGUUCGUGCUUUGGCUAGACAGUACGCAAAUCGUGUGGAAAGGCAAACCGGCAUGGCCAGGCAGAGUGAGGAAUUCCAUACACGUGUUAGCGAUGUGAGUCGGCUCAAGUCAAUUGAUUGCUUUGGGAGUGAAAAGUUGUGUCUCCUAAACUUUGAAGGAGUUCUUUUUGGGAACGCAAUAAAGUGGCUCGAAGAACUGCACGACACCCUUCUGAAGGACUACAAUCAGAUGGGCUGUGCCGAUGAAGACCUCCGCCAUUUACGAGAGGAUCGAAUGAAACUUGAGGAAACUGCAAGAAGCACGUACGAAUAUGGUCGACAGUUGUGCCAGGUGGCAUUGGUCUUACGUAGAUCGCUGAGGAUGGAUGUGAAAAAUCAGGUCAGACCGAAUCCCUGGACUUUAUUUACCAACCAUUACUUCGUAGUUCUAUGGUCAUUUCAGGUUAACCACCGUAUAGAUGAACUUGGUCAAAGAGUAAACGAAGUACGCGACUCACAAUUAAGUCCGGAAAAGGUCUGUGCCGUUGAAAGACGACGUCUCAACAAUGAUAUCCAGGAACUGCGACAUAUUGCUGACAUGUUGAUAGCACAAGUGAACGCCAACCACAAUGUCACACCAGAAGCUCGCCAAGCAGCAAUUUUAUCGAUUCGAAGAAAAGUUGAUGGGGUCGAUUCGGCUCAUCGUCGAAUGGAAAGUCUGUUUGUGGAGACAGCUGCCUCAAGCCGUAGUCAAUCUCUACACCGUCUCUCAAUUGGGCAACAGUCACCAUCAGAAGAAUCACCACGUCAGUACUACCAUGCGACUGGUACAGCUCGACGGCCAUCAGGUCAAAGCCUGCCUCCCGCACAACCUGUGGGUAGUAUACGUCUGAGUGAUACUGAAAGUUACUUAUAA